GAACCUGCCGACCUGCCCUCCGGGAGUGCACUGCGUCGGCUUGUCACCACGGGGCCCCGGAGAUCAUGGGGAAGCUGGUGCUGCUGACCCUGCUUGGGGCCGUCCUGGCCCUAAUAGGGGAGAGAUUAGUGGCGUUUAGACAAAGAAUGAAUGCAUCUCGAGCAGUGGAGCCAGUAGACCUCCCAAACUGCCACCUUAUUGAGGGACUUGAAAAUGGCUCUGAAGAUAUUGAUAUACUUCCUAAUGGGCUGGCUUUUAUUUCCAGUGGAUUAAAAUAUCCAGGCAUGCCAAACUUUGCAUCAGAUGAGCCAGGACAGAUUUUCUUGAUGGAUCUGAAUGAGCAAAACCCAAGAGUCCAGGCACUAAACAUCAGUGAUGGUUUUGACAGAGCAUCAUUUAAUCCACACGGAAUCAGUACUUUCAUCGACAAAGACCAUACCGUGUAUCUUUAUGUUGUGAAUCACCCCCACAUGAAGUCCACGGUGGAGAAAUUUAAAUUUGAGGAACAACAACGUUCUCUUGUACACCUGAAAACUAUAAAACAUGAACUUCUCACAAGCGUGAAUGACAUUGUGGUUCUUGGACCAGAACAGUUCUAUGCCACCAGAGAUCACUAUUUUACCAACUUCUUCUUGGUACUAUUAGAGAUGAUCAUGGAUCUUCGCUGGACUGAUGUUCUUUUCUACAGUCCAAGAGAGGUCAAAGUGGUAGCCAAAGGAUUUAGUUCUGCCAAUGGGAUCACAGUCUCACUAGACAAAAAGUAUAUCUAUGUAGCUGAUGUAUUGGCUCAGAACGUUCAUGUACUGAAUAAACGUGGUAACUGGGAUUUAACUCAAGUGAAGGUAAUACAGUUGGGCACGUUAGUGGAUAACUUAACUGUGGAUCCUGACACCGGAGAUAUUUUGGCAGGAUGCCAUCCUAAUGCCAUGAAGCUGCUGAUCUAUAACCCUGAGGAUCCUCCAGGGUCAGAAGUGCUUCGCAUCCAGGAUGUUUUGUCUGAGAAGCCCAAAAUAAGCACCAAGUAUGCCAAUAAUGGCUCUGUGCUUCAGGGAAGCUCUGUGGCUUCUGUGUACCACGGGAAACUUCUCAUAGGCACCGUAUUUCACAAAGCUUUGUACUGUUUGUUCUAGACUCUAGACAUUCCAAAAAAUCUUGUCAACCAACGAAAGACAAAACUGCAAGCUGCAAAAUAAAAUAAAUGUGUUUAUUUGGGGUCUUAGGGAUUGCAAUGUGGGAGACACAGAUUUGACUGGAAUUGAAAGCUUGCUCUAGAGAGACAAAGGAGGUUGGAGUUUUUAAAGAGGAAAGGGGGGGCUUACUGAAGUUGUUUGAAGAAAAGGUCCUCAGUGUUGGUAUGGCUACAGUGACACCAAUCCAUGUGUGAUUCGUUGCUAGGGCUAGACAGCGCAUUUAGGUCCAUUUUAUUUUUUUAUUUGAUUUCAUUUUAUUUUUUGAAAGAAAGCGCAUGCACACACACACACGUGAAUGGGGGAGGAGCAGACGGAGAGGGAGAGAGAGAAUUUUAAGCAGGCUCCACACCCAGCAUGGAGGAGCUCAGUCCCAGGACCCACAAUAGUGAGAUCCAUGACCUGAGCCAAAAUCAAGAAUGGACGAUUAACUGAGCCAUUCAUGUGCCCCGUUUAUGCCCAUUUUAUGCGCCCGUUUAUGCCCACAUGGUAGAUGCCUUGGCUUUUAGUUUGUUUAUCACAAAUUCUGAGAAUUUGAUAGAGAAGAUGUGCAUAAGCCCCACCUCCUCAGUGUCCUCCCGGCUCCAUUUUAAAUAACUCUGUUAGUAAUGGUUAUUCCAUUUUAUUGUCUCCGUUGUCAGUCGACAUGUUUGGUAAAAAUAAAACGCUAAUUAUGUGAUAA